CGGAGUUGACAGGCGGCCGGGGGGCGGUGGCCUAGGCGGCGGCGGCGGCCCUAGCGCGAUGGCGGGGGCGACGGGGCUCAUGGCCGAAGUGAGCUGGACGGUCUUGGAACGAAGAGCCCGGGCCAAGCGCUCAGCUCUCUUAAGGUCUGCUCGCCAAAUCCCUGAAAAUCUGACAGUUGGAUCUCCUGGCCGGAACUGGCUGGCUCUCACGUACUUCUGCCUAUAUCCAUGUAUAAGCUCAGUUUACGAACCUCUUAAAAGCAUUGAUCUCCCGAGACCUGGUAAUGAAACUCUGUGGGAGAAACUGGAUCAUUAUUACAGAAUUGUCAAGUCAACGCUGCUGCUGUAUCAAAGUCCAACCACAGGUCUCUUUCCCACGAAAACCUGCGGUGACGACCAGAAGGCCAAGAUCCAGGACAGCCUGUACUGCGCUGCUGCGGCCUGGGCCUUAGCCCUCGCCUACAGGCGCAUUGACGAUAACCAGGGAAGAACCCACGAGCUGGAACACUCGGCCGUCAAAUGCAUGAGAGGAGUUCUCUACUGCUAUAUGCGGCAGGCCGAUAAGGUCCAGCAGUUUAAGCAAGACCCACGGCCAACAACGUGUCUUCACUCUGUUUUCAACGUGCAGACAGGCGAUGAGAUCCUCUCCUUUGAAGAGUACGGUCACCUUCAGAUCAAUGCGGUCUCACUCUAUCUCCUUUACCUGGUGGAAAUGAUCUCCUCUGGACUUCAGAUUAUCUAUAACACCGAUGAGGUCUCUUUUAUUCAAAACCUUGUGUUUUGUGUAGAAAGAGUUUACCGUGUGCCUGACUUUGGUGUCUGGGAAAGAGGAAGCAAAUAUAAUAAUGGCAGCACAGAGCUACAUUCAAGCUCUAUUGGCUUAGCAAAAGCAGCUCUAGAAGCAAUUAAUGGAUUUAACCUCUUCGGCAACCAGGGCUGUUCUUGGUCGGUUAUAUUUGUGGACCUCGAUGCUCACAACUGCAACAGGCAGACUUUGUGCUCACUGCUUCCCAGAGAGUCAAGAUCUCAUAACACAGAUGCCGCUCUGCUCCCCUGCAUCAGUUACCCUGCAUUUGCCCUGGAUGAUGAAGCUCUGUUUAGCCAGACACUUGAUAAAGUGGUUAGGAAAUUAAAAGGAAAAUAUGGAUUCAAGCGUUUCUUGAGAGAUGGGUAUAGAACAUCAUUGGAAGAUCCCAACAGACGCUACUACAAACCAGCUGAAAUUAAGCUAUUUGAUGGCAUUGAAUGUGAAUUUCCCAUAUUUUUCCUUUACAUGAUGAUUGAUGGAGUUUUUAGAGGCAAACCCAAACAAGUAAAGGAAUAUCAGGAUCUCCUGACUCCUGUACUUCAUCAGACCACGGAAGGUUAUCCUGUCAUACCAAAGUACUAUUAUGUGCCAGCUGAUUUUGUAGAACAUGAAAAAAGAAACCCUGGUAGUCAAAAGCGAUUUCCUAGCAACUGUGGCCGUGAUGGAAAACUGUUUCUUUGGGGACAAGCCCUUUAUGUCAUCGCGAAACUCUUGGCUGAUGAACUAAUCAGUCCUAAAGACAUCGAUCCUAUCCAGCGCUACGUCCCACUACAGAAUCAACGUAACGUGAGCAUGAGGUUUUCCAAUCAGGGCCCCCUGGAAAAUGACCUGGUGGUUCACGUGGCGCUCAUAGCGGAAAGCCAACGCCUUCAAGUUUUCCUCAACACGUACGGCAUUCAGACGCAAACUCCUCAGCAGGUGGAGCCCAUUCAGAUAUGGGCACAGCAGGAGCUCGUGAAGGCUUAUUUCCAUCUGGGCAUCAAUGAAAAGCUAGGACUCUCCGGAAGGCCCGACAGGCCCAUUGGCUGCCUGGGGACGUCAAAGAUUUAUCGCAUUCUGGGAAAGACUGUGGUGUGUUACCCUAUCAUCUUUGACCUAAGCGAUUUCUACAUGUCUCAGGAUGUUUUACUGCUGAUAGAUGACAUAAAGAAUGCACUACAGUUCAUUAAACAAUACUGGAAAAUGCACGGACGUCCGCUGUUCCUUGUUCUCAUCCGGGAAGACAACAUACGAGGCAGCCGAUUCAACCCCGUUUUGGAUAUGCUGGCAGCUUUUAGAAAAGGAGUGGUUGGAGGGGUCAAAGUCCACGUCGACCGUCUACAGACGCUAAUAUCGGGAGCGGUGGUAGAACAACUUGACUUCCUACGAAUCAGUGACUCAGAAGAGCUUCCAGAAUUUAAGAGUUUUGAGGAACGACAGCUUCCCAAGCAUUCAAAAGUGAAACGACAAAGCAGCGCCUCGAGCACCCCAGAGCUGGAGCUGCAGCCGGAUGUCACCUUCGAGGAGUGGAGAAAAAGACCCACCCAGGAAAUUCUUCAAAAACUGCAUGACUGCAGCUUCCUGGCUAGCCAGGUCAUCCUGCUGGGCAUACUACUCAAAAGAGAAGGCCCCAACUUCAUCACGGAGGAAGGUACUGUUUCUGAUCACAUUGAGAGAGUCUAUAGAAGAGCUGGCAGCAAAAAGCUUUGGCUGGCGGUGCGCUACGGGGCUGCAUUUACCCAGAAAUCUGCCUCCUCUAUAGCCCCUCACAUCACUACCUUGCUAGUACACGGGAAACAGGUAACCCUGGGUGCCUUUGGGCAUGAAGAAGAGGUGAUCUCUAACCCUUUGUCUCCAAGAGUGAUUAAGAACAUUAUCUAUUCCAAGUGCAACACCCACGAUGAGAGGGAGGCGGUCAUUCAGCAGGAGCUGGUCAUCCACGUGGGCUGGAUCAUCUCCACCAGCCCCGAGCUCUUCAGCGGCAUGCUGAAGAUACGCAUCGGGUGGGUCAUCCACGCCAUGGAGUAUGAACUACAGACCCGCGGCGGGGACAAGCCCGCUGCAGACUUAUAUCAGCUGUCACCCAGUGAAGUCAAACAGCUUCUGUUGGACAUUCUCCAGCCGCAACAGAAUGGGAGAUGCUGGCUGAACAGGCGUCAGAUCAACGGGUCUCUGAAUAGAACCCCCGCCGGGUUCUAUGACCGCGUGUGGCAGAUCCUGGAGCGCACGCCCAAUGGCAUCAUUGUGGCGGGGAAGCACUUGCCACAGCAACCAACCCUGUCCGACAUGACCAUGUAUGAGAUGAAUUUCUCCCUCCUUGUGGAAGACAUGCUGGGGAACAUCGACCAGCCCAAGUACAGACAGAUCAUCGUGGAGUUACUAAUGGUCGUAUCCAUCAUACUGGAAAGAAACCCUGAGCUAGAAUUUCAAGACAAAGUCGAUCUAGACAAACUGGUGAAAGCAGCAUUUUGUGAAUUUCAAAAAGAUGAGAGUCAACAAAAGGAAGCUGAAAAACAAGACGACAUGACUUCCUUUUACAACACUGCCCCCCUGGGACAGAGAGGAACAUGCAGCUACCUGAUGAAGGUGGUGAUGAACCUGCUGCUGGACGGAGAGGUGAAGCCGAGCAGUGACGACCCGUGUCUGGUCAGCUAGUGAGGAAGGCGGCAGGGGCUCUGUCCAGGCACGUUUCUGAGAAGUGUGUGAUGUUUGUGCUGAGCUUAAUCAAGGCAGCCGCUCAGGAAUGGACUGGCAGUCACUGGACCUCUUGCCUGCCAUAGCCGAUCUCAUGGUACGAAGCGCUUGAAUUGAGUGCAAAGAGCUCUCUGAUUAUGCCAACUACAACAAUAAUCUUUGCUGAACGGUAGAAAUAGUUGAUGAAUUGAAAGCUCACCACUGCAUGUUUUAUGAUCAAACAGCUCAUCAGAAUGAAUCAUUGCUCUUUGGACUAAAUUCCCCCUUCCUGCCAUUAGAAUGAAUUUGCCAAGUGGUAAUGCAUACUGGGAAUGACCUGUUUUUAGUGGCAUUAUCAUCCUAGAACAAGACAUUACUAGGAACCAUUAAAGCCGAAUCAGCCAGCUGAUAUUUUGAUUCUCAAAAACUGCAUUAUUGGUAAUAUUUUAGUAUACAGAGCUAUUGUACAAUGUUUACCUUUGUAAACGUGACUGUGGUUUUGUAUUUGUGCUACCUAUCAUGUUGACUAAAAUACAGUAAUAAAUCUGAUCAAACAUG